CGGAAGGACACCUCCGCUCCACGCUGAGGCUCAUUAAGCAGCGCCGCAGCACCACGCGCGUCACUUUCCGCUCAGACCAUCAACACAGCAGCAUCGAACCCACGGACACCCUCCUGUCGGCCGACAUGGCAGCGUAAGAGUGUGACCAGCAGCAGCCGCUCCCACCAACACAGUGCAUCCAACCAGUGCACUGAGUCUCCUCCGAUUCAGCAAACAUGUCGUCCCAUGUGGAAACCCUCAGCUCUGCUGCAUUCGACAGCAUAAAACUCUUCGACGCUCUCCUAGCAUCAUCACGCAGCCCGUUCGUGACCAACAACAGCCACUAUGACCAUGACGAUGACAAACUCACUGUUUGGCCCGGAAGACAUGGAGGCCCUUCUCUGGGGGCCUUCCUCUCCCACGGCUGACGCCAUGGGCAUGUUCUUUCACCCUGACCAAGAAGAGAAUCAGGAAGGAGGAGGGAACUCACCAGAGGGGGACACUUCACUCGUGUCGUACCCCACCUCCUCAAUGCCCUCUCCUCCUAACUUCUACUCUCCUCCCUCCUCGCCGCCCGCCGCCCUCCUCCACGGGGUCAAAGCUGGGAAUGAUUCUGACCUGCUCACCCUCCCCUGGUUGGAGCACCCUGAUCAGCUGAGAUGCGAAAUGGUCUCGGGUGACAGGAAAGAGGAUCCGCUCGGUGCCCUGGACUGGAUGGCGGAGAAGAUGGAUCUGAGCGAGUUUGACCUGGAUUCUCUGAUUGGCUCCUGCAGUCCUCCUGAAGAGUCCAACAGCUCCACAGAAGACCUGCUGGCCUCCCUAGGUUGCCCCAUGGAGCUCGACUCCCUCCCAGUGCCCACUCUCUCAACUCCUGUUCUCUUUCCUCCAAGUUCCCCUCCCACCACCCUCCCCACAGUCUGUGAAGAAGCUUCAGUCAUCUACACCUCUGGGCAGGAGGCCCCCUCUCCUCCCCCGUGUGUCCCAGAGCCACAAGAGGAGCUCGAAAUCAAAUCUGAGCCAGCUUCUCCGGACCCACCCACCCCCAUGGUUGAUUCUCCUUCCUCACCAGUCGACACCCUGGACCUGGGCAGUGAGGUGGAUGUCUUGGAGACUGAGGUGAAGCCAGUAUUAGCUGCUGUCGUCCCUCAGGUCCAGGGAUUUGUAUUUGCACCAGCGCACCUCAUCCUUGUGCUGGCCCCCAAAAAUGAAAUUGGAAUCACCACUACUACUGUAACCACCACUCCAGAGGUCAUUCACUUGUCCCCUCCCGCCUCCCCUCCACAAAGGUGGUCUAGAAGCAGACCAUACCCUGAGCCCAAAUACAAAGCCAGUCCACCCUCUCCUGAUGUAACCACUGUCAAAGUCAAGUCCCUCUGUGGUGCAGCUGAUUAUGAUGAUGAUGAUGAAGACGAUGAUGAAGACGAUGACAGGAUAACUCUGAAGGCUCCGAAGGACAAGAAGCUGAAGAAGAUGGCACAGAAUAAGACGGCCGCCACACGUUACAGGAAGAAGAAGAGGUCUGAGCAGGACGCGCUCUCCUCGGAGCAUUCGCUUCUGGAGAGGAAGAACAUGGAGCUGAAGGAGAAAGCUGAAUCCAUGGCCAGGGAGAUCAAGUACCUCAAAGAGCUGAUGGAGGAGGUCCGUCUGACCAGGAUCAGAAAAGGUCUCAGUCCUGACCCUUAGUGGUUGGACCUAAGUAUGUCAGAGUAGGAUGUGUCAAGCAGAAAGUGUCAGAUUUUAUUUUUAAUGCAAACAUGUAUCAGUAUAAUGUGUCUCCUCACAGGAUGUCCUGAUAUCUAACACUGGUAUUAGUACUACUAGUAGUUUUAUAAUAAAUGAGUAGUUAUAUGGAUGUGUGGGAUAUUUUUCCACUCAGUAUAAGAACUUAUGCUGUUUCUUCUAUGUAUUUUGAUUCCUCUAUAUGUGGACCUCAGUAACAAACCAGUAAGUCUUUCAAUGUUUUAAAAUGUGUAUAUGAUAAUUUCACCAAUCUACCUGUAUUAUCUCUCAAUAAAGAAUCUUGAACCUUA